ACAGAUUUGACAUAUGUCAUUUCUCUGUGCUCUGUCAAACACAAACUUGUAAUUAAGGAUUAAACAAAUAAUAAAGCAGAGUUUUUCGUUCAAUCAAAAUUAAUUAAGAUGGAUAUUGGUGAAUUGUUAUCAUUUAAGCCAGAACAAACUCCUAAGCGAUCCCACGACGACGACAAUGAUUUUUCCGAGCUGUCCUCCAACAAAAAAGAUGAAAAGGCUAAAAGAAUGCGCCGCAUUGCUCAGGCCAAGGAAGCCGCUGAGUUCGUGAAACGAGACCCGCUUCCUCUAAAUACAGAACUCCAACUAACCGAAGAAGAAAAAAUGGAUAUAGUCAAAUUUGUUGAGAACGAAGAGGCUGAUGGUGACGUCUUGGACGAAAUUGGUUUGAAAAAACUGAUUCUUCUGUUUGAAAAGAAAAACCUGAAAAACCAGGAAAUGCGCAUAAAAUUUCCGGAUAAUCCUGAAAAAUUCAUGGAAAGUGAAUUAGAUCUUCACACUGUUGUGCAAGAUUUAAAAGCUGUUGCCACUGUUCCCGACUUGUAUCCGGUUCUUGUUGAACUGCACGGGGUUCCAAGUAUUUUGGAACUCCUAGCUCAUCCUAAUACCGAUAUAGCAGUUGCAGUAGUGGAUCUCUUACAGGAACUAACAGAUGUAGAUAUUUUAGGUGAAAGUCGAGAAGGUGCAGAGGUUCUAUUGGAAGCACUUCGAAAGCAACAGGUUUGCGCUUUGCUCGUUCAAAAUCUAGAAAGACUCAAUGAAUCAGUUAAAGAAGAAUCCGAUGGCGUUCACAAUACUCUUUCGAUUAUUGAGAAUCUAACUGAAAUGAAUGCAGGUUUCACUAGAGAAGCAUCUGAACAGGGCCUUAUGGUGUGGAUCCUCAAACGACUCAAGCAAAAGACGCCGUUCGAUCAAAACAAAUUGUAUUGUAGUGAGAUACUGUCGAUUCUCAUUCAAACAGACAACGUAAAUCGACUGCAGCUGGGUGAUUGUGAGGGCAUUGAUGUUCUCCUUCAACAGUUGGCCAUCUACAAACGCCACGAUCCGGCAUCAACGGAAGAACAGGAGUUCAUGGAGAAUCUAUUUAAUUGCUUAUGUUCGGCCUUAAUGGCAAAGGAAAAUCGUGAGAGAUUUCUUAAGGGCGAAGGGCUGCAGCUUAUGAAUCUGAUGCUUCGCGAAAAAAAGAUGUCUCGCAAUGGGUCUUUAAAGGUAUUGGAUCAUGCAAUGUCCGGGCCCGAUGGCAAAGAGAAUUGUAAUAAAUUCGUAGACAUUCUUGGUCUGCGAACUAUAUUCCCGCUUUUUAUGAAAACUCCAAAAAGGAACAAAAAGCGUUUAUUGAGUACGGACGAACAUGAAGAGCAUGUAGUAUCGGUGAUUGCAAGUAUGUUGAGGAAUUGCAAAGGUGCGCAAAGGCAGCGGAUGCUAUCAAAGUUCACAGAAAAUGACCAUGAAAAAGUCGACCGGUUAUUGGAAAUGCAUUUAAAAUAUUUGGAAAAAGUGGAAGCUAUUGACCGAGAAAUUGAUCAACAGCCUAAAGACCCUGAUUUCGAUGAAGAGGAAGAGGCUGAGAAUAACUACAUCAAGCGUUUAACUGGAGGCUUGUUCACACUCCAAUUAAUUGAUUACAUUAUUCUUGAAGUAAGCACAACUUCAGACACGGUGAAGCAGCGAGUUUGUCAAAUUUUAAAUUUACGUGGGGCAUCCAUGAAGACUAUUAGAAAUAUAAUGAGAGAAUAUGCCGGCAACUUAGGCGACGAAGGAGACCAAGACAAUGAAUGGAGAGAUCAAGAGCAAACUCAUAUUCUUUCCUUAGUUGAUAGAUUCUAAUUUAAUUACAUUUUUUUUUAUAAAUUAAAGAAAAAUAUGUAAUAAAGAACCAAACUACCAAUUUUA